CGGACAUCCAUUGAUGGUACAUAAUUUGUAUAUCGAUCAGUUGUAUGGUUGGAUUCUUCUUUUGGUUCUCUUCGUUUUUAUGCGGAAAUAAAAUCUUCCUAUAUCAAACUGCAUAGCGAAUAAAACAUGGCGGUUUGUUGACGGAAACCACUAAUCUGUCAUUUGCACAAUGUGCAUUUAAAAAAUCGUACAAAGUGAGUUCAUUAAGUAGAGAUUUUCGUUAAAAGUAAUAAUAGUAGUUUAUCUAUCAUUAGAUGGCUGACCAUUGUAAUGAAUAUAUGCUAAAAUUAGUUUAAUCUGUGAACCAGCUAGUAGUAAACCCCCAAAAUUAAAUUAAAAACAAGUUUUGACUUGCAAAAAAACGUAAUGAUAUUUAAAUACUUGCCUUAUCUCUUCACUGUUAAAUUAUUAUUUGUGAUGUAGGGACUACUAAAAGUUACUUUAAUAGGUAGUCUUAAUUCUUUGACUACCACUUGCAGUAGCCCUUCAAUAAUCUUUUUUUUUUUUAAAUUAAAAUUACUUUUACUUUUCUUCUUCUAUAUCUUAAGGGCCCACGAUCAAUUUAUUGAUCAUUUUGGCUCCUAUGGUUGUAGAUGGGAUUUGCAAUGUUUCUGUUACUGGUGUUGAUGAGGAAAUCAUGCACUAGGGGUUUGAAGGCUUGAGGCAAUAGUCACAAAUGUGUCUAGUGUUGUCGCCUCAACCGUUCCUUUUGAAAGAUUGUUCCAGUCCCUGAUUGUCUUGGGCAGGAAUGAGCAGCUCCUAUACUGGCUUCUUGCUGGUAUGAGCCUGAAUUGCCUGUCAUGGCCUCGUCGCUGUCUAUGUCUUUUCAGAUGUCUAACUCAAAGUUUUUAUUUUAUUUAAUGCAAAUCUGCUGGAAAGUACUAAUUUUGUUUUAGUGUAUCAACACUAAUAUUGUUUGUGUAGAGGAAGUAGAAGUAGAGAGAAAAUAAAAAAAUAAAAAACAAACACUUAAACCUGUUUACGUUCCGUUAACUGUAGGAUGUCACUGUAACUGUAGGUACUUGCUGGAGUAGUCAGUUUGGUAAAUGCAAAGAGAAUGUGCCAUGACGUAUCACACGGCCGCCAUCUUGGUUGCUAAAAUUAGGAAUAAAACAUUAAAAUUUAAUGAAAAAAUGUCCCUAAAUGUAUCCCUAGAUACUUCGUCGAAGCAAGGGACACACCCGGAAAAUUUGUAUCGGAAAUGGGCGUCUGCGCAAUAGAAUCUGAGUUUUUAAUUUUUUUUAUGCAUGUAAUUUUAAUAAUACAGGAGUCCUUUUGGUCCAUAAUUAAGGUCUGACUCAGCCCAUUCACAUUAGGAGAAAUGUUGAUGUACAUCAAAUUGUACAUCAAAGUGAGGAAAAUUGUACGUCAAUAUAAGUCAUCUUUCUCUCAAAAAUUUUUAAAGAAAUUUAAAGGUCAUGUCUUUUAUAUUAAAUUCUGAUAAACACAAUAUAUUGAUGUACAUGAAUAAAAAGUCUCAUUAAUAAAGGUUGUGUCCAACGUUUGCUACGCAUGCCCAAGUAACCUGCAUUACCAUAAUUUUGACAUGGCGAGGGCCACGCCCCCUUUUUAAUGGCGGAAGUUGCUGAUACUUAGGAAAUAUUUAAUUAUUACCACAAUUUACAUCAAAAUAUUUGAUAACUUAUGUUUCAGAAUGCAUUUUGAAGACAUUUAAACUGGAGUGUUUUAAUUUGAGCUUUAAAAACCAGAGAGAGUCCAUAUAAUUAAUGAUCAGAAUUUUCCAUGUGCAACACGUUGUCAUUGGCAACCAUUCACAGCCGCUUGCAUAAUGGCUAUAUCGUAGUGCUAUCUCAGAGUUUCAUUCAUAAGACUAAGAGUUUGCUGUGUGCAAAAACUAUUAAACCAUUGGUCAAGGAAAGCUUUAAUUAAUUAUUCAUGUGCCAAAGUUGAAAGGAGAUGCGUUGCCUUAUAUAAACUAUAUAUGACGUGAUCAGCGGAAUGAGGUUACAAGAUGUGGAGGUUUCAUCCAUAGUAAAAAAUACCAAACGAACUCACACUUUAAAAAUUCAUAGCUCAAAAAGUACUUAAGCUAAAAAGUUGAUUCUGGUUUAAUUUUUUUAAUUUGAAAUUUGCUCUAAAUAACUGUAAUAUUUAAAAAAAUUAUUUUGAAUUUUUUAAUUUGUUCACUAAAGUAUCUAGUAUCCCUAAAGCUAACCUGAGCACUAAAUGCCUAAAUCACUAAAAAAUGUAUCCCUAAAGCUAACCUGAACCCUAAAUCACUAAAUCUAUCCCUAAUUCUAAGGAGUGAAUCCAAUACAGAAACUUUACAAAAACACGUAAAUGUUGUCAUGGUGUAUUCUCUUUGCAUUGACCAUUAGUUUUAGUGAAUUAUAAUACUUGUAACUGAUUUUAUUCAUUGUAAAAAAUGUAUGCUAAUGUUGAAAAUAUUAUCUCUAGAUAAGGCCUAAAAUGUAUGCAUUAAAAGUAUAAAAUCUGUUGGAAAUAUGAGAAAUAAUGGUGUGAUUAGAAUAGGAGCAUGUUUUACUAAAUAAAAGAUUAUGAAUGUCAUUGCGUUUCAUAACUAAGAUACUAGUAACUCCUUUAAAAAUGAAUUUAAUCACUUUUCUACAAAUAUUUUCAAAAUAUAGAUUUAUAUCAUAAUUCAGUCUGCAAGAUUAGUAUUUUUUAGUUCCAGUGAAAUAAUGAUAGCGUAUAAAAAAACUAUGUGAGUUCACUGCAUGAGUGCAAAUCAAGAGGCCUUUUAAACAGGCCUUAUGAAGAAAAAGACAUUUAAGAAUCACAAAAUAAAUACCAUCAAUAAAAUAAUUAAAAGUAAAAGCUUGUGCCAACUAAAAUUUCCAAUACUGGUACAAAUGUAGCCUUAACACACACACACACAAAAUAAUUAGACCUAACUAAAAUUUGUUACAUAAUGGCACAUAAGUAUGAAAUCACAACUUAUAUAAUAUUUAUUUGCAAAUUCAAGAAAUUAUGUUGAUAUCUGCACCAAAUAGAAUUCUACAGGAAUUAAGAGCUAAACCACUGAACAUCAUUCACCUCCAAGAGAUGGAAAAAUAUUUUAAAAAUCUCUCUCAAAACAGUUUUGCGAGCAGAUUAGUAAAUAAUUAAGCAUUUACCCUAGAACGUUAAAUGUGUAGUCAGCCUUUUUUUUUUUCUGUGCAUUAUAAAAAAUUAUAGUUUUUUUACUGCAGUAUACCAUCUUUUUUUAAUUUUAUUUCUGGUACAGGUAUAUUUUUAUAACAGUUAUCUUUUUUAAAAUAUUUUUUUUCCCCAAUCAUCAGACCCAUUUCUGUACAAUCUCAGUUUGUUCAUCGAAAAAUGGCAGAAGUUCAUGUUAUAGGUCAAAUUGUUGGUGCUUCUGGAUUUCCAGAUCAUAGUUUGUUCUGCAAGUGGGGUAUUCAUUCAGGUAAGCUGUUUUAUUUUUCUUAAUUGCUUUUGAAUGCUGAUCCAGUAAUGCAUAUUUAGCAGCAGGUUGCAAAGUUAUUAAAAAUUAUUUUUAAUUAAAAGAAAUGGUAAAUCACAUAAAAUUAAGUCUCUCCCCCCACUUUUCAAAUUUUAAAGGUGGUGGCUGGAAAAUUCUAAGUGGUCUCCGAGAAGGACAAACUCAAGUAGACAACUCUCAAAGUCAUGAUGCAGCUUACUUUGCACAUCCUAUAGAUAUUCACUUUGCCACUAAGGGUAUUCAAGGUAUUUUCCUAAAAGCAUUUGUUACUAAUGCUAAAUAGUUAAAAUUUUAAACAUAAGCUUAAUAAAAAAAUAAUUUUAGUGUUUAGAACACUUUUUGAAGCUAUUUUUAUUGCUUGAAAUAAUUUUCUAAAUACAGUUAUUUUGUUUUUAUCUUUCUAAAAUUGAAACAUGGCAGCAUACUUUAAAAUCACUUAAUUUUUAAACGACUGUUAACUUAUUCCAUACCGUUGGGACGAAAUGAGUCCUUUUAAUUUUAAAAUAGCAAAGAAAUCUUGCGUUCCUUGAGACUUCCGGUGACAUCAGUUCUGAACUUUUUAAUCUUGUUUCAAUUUCAAUCUAUGUGUGUUUUAGUUAAGUUUUAGAACAGUGCAUAUAUAUCUAGCAUGUGUUCUUCCAAGUCGCCAAAAAUUGAUCUUUUGGUUAUUGCUUGUUAUUUGUUUGCAACUAAUGUUAUAGUUUUAUUAAACCUUUCAUUUCUGGAUGCACUUAUCCUUAAUUCAUUACUAUUAAUUAAUAUUUAGCAGCUAAAAAAAUAUUUCAAAAUGUAAAUCAAUGGCUGUUGGGAAAUGAGUUCAACAUGAAUUUUUACUUGAAUUAGACUUUAAUAUCAUACCAUAUUUUUAAUAUCAGGUUGGCCAAGACUGCACUUUCAAGUUUGGCAUCAAGAUGCCUUUGGUCGUAAUGAGUUAUAUGGCUAUGGUUUUGUUCACAUCCCCACCUCACCAGGAAUGCAUGAAAUAGACUGCCCAACAUGGCGACCUACCGGGACAUUCAUGGAAAGCGUGACACAGUUUUUUUUGGGUGGAGGACCUCAUUUAAAAAAUCCUGAUCUUAUUUACAGUGGCGCAGAUAGAUACAGAUUACAAACUAUUGCAAUGGGGAAAAUUCACUUGAGAAUUGGCAUCAUAUUAAGAAAUUUUGAUAAAUUUGGUAUUGAAUGUUAAAGUGAUGGGAUUUUUCUACUAACUUUAUAAAAUGAUUUUGACAAAGAAUUAAAAGUAGAGAUAUUUGAAUGUCAUUAAAAUUUAAAAAACCUAUGAUUUUUGCCCAUUAAUUUUACAAUUUUUAGGGAAUUGUUGGGUAAAUAACUUUAUAAUGGUGUAGGCCCUUGGAUGCUUUUGGUAUUAUUCUUGUUUAAUUUUUUUUAAAGAUAAAAUUACAAAAGUUUAGACACCGGCUUUUUAAAUUAAAUUAAAUUUCAAUUGGUGAUUUUUAAAAAAUUAUGACAACUAUCUUGUGAUUUUAAACCACAACUUUUUUGUAGGGCGGAAAAAAACCCUGUAAUAAUAAAAAAAUAUAUUUAUGAUAUUAAUUACCGUCCAUUCUAUGAACGAUUGUGAACAUUUUGUGUUUAGUAUCAUGCUAAAAUUUUAUCUCUUUAUACUGUUACAUAAAAUAAAUGCAUAAUUUAUCCUUAAACUUAUUAUUAACUAUUAUAUUGUUUAUUAUUUUAUAUAUUUAUAUUUAAAGUUAUAAUUGUUCUGAUGAAUGAAAAAUGUUUUCAACUUGCCUUUGAAAUAAUUUUUAAUGUAUUAAAAAUAUUUUUAGUUUAUAAAUUAUCCUAGUCUGAUUUUAAAUACAGUUAUAAACAAUAUUCGGUGUAUAAAUAAAAAUAACCACACAAUUAAAUGUAAAAAUGUAUUUUAAAAAAAUAUUUAUUU